CCGAUCCCCAAGAUUCACUCGCAGCACUCCAGCACGUUCAAGUCGCCCGACCCGCGUCACUCUCCUCUUCGACUAGCCCUCACCCCCACGAGGCUUUUAUUCUUCUCCCACAGAUUACCGAAGCCCAGUCUUCCUACCAUUCUUUCUAGCGCACGAGUACUCAAUUGGUAGCUUGGGGAUAGCUGCUCUUAGACUGCCGAGGAUCAAGUGCGACCAUGUUGUUCGCAAGGCCAUGGACGAGCCUGUGCUUGCUCGCGGGGACUUGGACGGGUGCUUGGGCGCGGCAAGGGGGGCUGAGCGAGGAUCCUGACAUCAAGGCCAUCUCGCUACGCACACAUAGCCUCGAGCCUCCAUACCUUGAUUCGGACAUGCAAAGCCGUUGGUGGGAUUUUGGCGGAGACACUAUUAUUCGAACUGAUAAGUACAUUCGACUGGCUUCGGACAAGCCCUCGCGCGAUGGCUGGCUGUUUUCGAGAGUGCCUCUUACGGCUACGAACUGGGAGAUCACUUUCGAGUUCAAGAUCCAUGGUCAAGGCAACCUCUACGGCGACGGCUUUGCCAUGUGGCUCACCAAGCAGCGCGCGCAGCCAGGAAACGUCUUUGGCCAUACAGACAAGUUCGAAGGGCUCGGCCUCUUCUUCGAUACCUACAAGAACAACCGCCCCGGUACCGUGUUCCCAUACAUCAUGGCCAUGAACGGUGAUGGAAACACGCCAUACGACAAGGACAACGACGGCAAGGCCAACGAGGUCGCUGGCUGCUCGGCCCGUGGAAUUCGCAAUGCCCAGAUCGCGACCAAAGCCCGUCUCACAUACUUCCAAGAACAAUUCCUCCGUCUCGAGCUCCAAUACAAGUCAGAAGGCGAAUGGACUCAAUGCUUCGAGAUCCCCAACUUCAAGGUCCCACCCGUUGCCUACCUAGGCUUCUCUGCUGAAACUGGUGAACUUUCCGACAACCACGACAUCGUCUCCGUCAAAUCACAAAACCUCUACAAGAAGAACCCAAGCGCCGGUUCGUCCUCAGGAAGCUCAGGCGCCAAGACUGCUUCGUCCAUGACCCGGGAAAAGAGCAGCAGCGGUGGAAGCUGGACCUGGUUCCUUGUCAAGUUUGUGCUGUUCGGCCUGGCCCUGACUGGUGCCUACGUUGGCUUCACCAUUUACAGGACGAAGCAAAGGGAUCGUUUCUAGGUGAAUAGCUCGUACCUGCGGUUCAAGGGCAAGAAGAAGCUUGUUUGGAGAGGUCCAUCGAUGUUCCAAAUGGAUGGGUGUGUCGAAGUUGGCGACGAGAACGACUGGACGACAUUGUAUAGGGUCGAAUGAUGGAGUUCAGCUGGGGAAAAGAUGGCCUAGGAAGGCCACGCGCAUUGUUUUUAGUUCACCUAGCGCUUUCGCUGCUCUACACCUAACAUAUAUCAAACCGAAAACACUUCAGCAUGAUUUGAUCAAGAUCAGAAUAUGUCUCCGCAAACGUUAACAGAUCAUUGCAUAGGAUUUUGCAAAGGCUGCCGAUAACGCGGAGUUGGGUUGAGGGUUGUUCUGGCAUCCGAUUUAGGGGCUUGGCUACAUGGAGUAUGAAAGCGGCCUUGAUGUCGAAUGCUCUGUUUAUCAAAGAAAGAAGAAAACAAGCUACAAAGACAUUGCUCCAUAAUUGGAAGCAUCGUCGACUCUAUGCACAUCUCAGUGAUGA